AUGAGUGAUUUGCAUGCCGUAUCAACUAGCGCUGGAGGGAGAUUCCUUUUGCUUGGAUGUACUGAUGGCAUCAAAGGAUAUGAAAUUUCUUUAAAUGGGGAAUUAAGAAAGUUGAUUCCCACUCCUGGUGAGGCGGCAACGGCGGCGAGACGCGGCUGUCACCCUGUGGGCGGGUCGGUGUCUCUUGUUGCCGUUCUCGCCGAAACUCCACUCAUCGCCUUUGUACUCAACGGCGGGAGACCCACCACCACUAAUACUACUACUACUACUACUACUACUACUACUACUACUACUACUACUACUAAUAUUAUUCAUAUUAAUAAUAAUGAUAAUAAUAAUAGUAGUAAUAGUGGAGGAGGAGGAGUGCCUGAGAUGUCUGCGGCCACUUCGCGUGUGCUGCACCUUUACGAUCUCUCCGCGGCGACGGUGUUGGCGGAGCUGCACUUCCCAACGGCGGUGUUGGGGGCGCGGAUGAACGGCGGCCGCCUCGUUGUGGCCCGCGAGGAGUGUCUGCACGUCUUGGACCUCCCCGCCCUCACGCCCCUCGCCGAACUCCGCACCACCGCCCCCCGCAACCCCGCCGGCCUCGUCGCCCUCUCGGAGCCAACCACCAACACACGCGGCGAGGCCGUCAGUUACGUGGCCUUCCCGCAGUCCGACAGCGGCCGCGGCGAUGUGUGGGUCGCGCAGAUAAGAGAAGCACACCAUGCGAGGGACGGACACGCCGCGGUGGAGCGCGUCGCGAUUGUGCGGGCCCAUCAACGCGCAGUGGUGUGUUUAGCCAUGACGCCAGAUGGCACACGUAUCGCCACAGCCUCGGCGUACGGUACAACCGUCAAGGUGUUUGAACCCUCCACAGCACGGCUGCUGUAUCACUUUAGACGCGGCUUCAUGCAGGCUCGUAUGCUUUCCCUCUCAUUUGACACCUCGCCAGAUGUCACCGGAUUGAGGCUCGCAGCGCUCAGUAGCAAAGGCACCUUGCAUGUCUUUCGAUGUUCUGCAACAGGUGGAAAUGAAUUGGUGACACCAGCAUUGGUAGGGACUUCUGCCUCGGAUGCUAUGGCUGCCGCCGCUACUGCAGCAACUUCUGGGGCAAAACGAAGUUUCGCUCAGGCCGCAGUGGGCCCAAUCUUUGCUCCGGAGGCGUCUGCCUCACCAUGGACAGUGGUGGAACAUAGAAAGGGUCCUCAAUUGCAACACUGUUUCUUCUCCCACAAUGGAAGAUUUGUAUGGGUUCUGCUUCCAUCGCUUUCCUCUAUGGCAAAGGAUGAUGGAUUCAAGAGAGUGGAUGAUUACAGUGAUAGUUCUUCUUUAGCGAAUGAUACAAAUACAGUCAAUGCACCUGUAUGGGUGCUGCAACAGUACGCUGUUCAUAUUCGCGGUUGUGAGUUAGUUAAAGUGCAUCCACUGAACUGA